AUGGGGCUGGCUUACAACACCUACCUUAGCAGCAACAAGAUCUAUGGCUGCAAGACAUGUAAGGCGCACCUUGCUAACCAUGAGGAUAUCAUUAGUCGAAACUUCCGCGGGCAGCACGGGAAAGCAUAUCUCUUUCACAGCGUCGUUAACAUCGAGACGGGAACCCCAAACGAACGUAAUAUGACAACUGGCCGACACGUUGUUCGCGAUAUUACAUGCCGCCAGUGCAAGGAAACUGUCGGGUGGAAAUACGACAAGGCCUACGAAUCGUCAGAGAAAUACAAGGAGGGCAAAUUCAUUCUUGAAGCAGAGUUGCUUUGUAAUGUUACCUGA